AUGCCUCGCACCCGAUCGAAGAAGCGCGCUCCUGCGUCCUCUUCAUCCGGCGGUGCGUCGGGCAGCCUCUGCGAACGGUCGCCGGCUGCGCUACGGCUGAUCUCCGAGUGCCUCGACAGCGACGACCUGCUGCUUCACGUGCUCGGCCUCCUGCCGCUGGCGGGCCUCGGCCGUGCGGCGUGCGUCUCGUCCCGCUGGGCGAGGCUCGCUGCGAGCAACUCGCUCUGGGCGUCUCUUGCGGAGCGAGUGUGGGAGGGCCGGCACGUCUCCGAGGCUUGCCGCGCGCAGCGGCGGCAGCACGGCAGGAGCGCACUCCGCCGCUCGCUCGCCGAGUCGGAGGCGCGGCACAUUGACCCGUCGCUGCUGUGCGAGCUGACGUGGCACUUUCGCUUCAAGCGCGCCGCUGGGGAGCACUGGACAGGGAGCGACCCGUACUGGCAGGGCGCCCGCGCGCGCACGCUCCGCUUUGAGCCCGACGGCGCCGCGCCCGCUCAGAGGGGAGGGAGACGCGGGAGACACGCCCACGACAUGUCCGCGGCAUGCCCUGCAGGCGCUGUCCGCUGGGAGGAGGAGGCGUGGGACGGGCUGAUGCGGUGGCGGCUGGAGGGCGGCUCGCUGCUGCGGGUGUCACACGCUCAGCUUGGCGCCUUCCCCGCCGAGCGGCUGGUGCGGCAUCCGCCGAGCUGGGGGUACCUCUUCACCUCUCCGUGGGCAGUCUACGCUUCCUUCCCGCUCUCGCGCGCCGCCGACGACGCCUCGCUGACCGACCGCGCCCUCGGCCGCAGCGUCGAGCCGUGGCAAUGGGCGGAGGCGGCGCGGUACAACGAAGCGGCCGCCGGGGAGAGCAGCAGCGACGAGGAGGACGCGCCGCCGCCUUUCCCCGCCGGCGUGUGA